AAAAACAAGAAACUCCUACCGCACAUGGCGCUGCGACUGCCUGUAGCAAACCGGUAUCUUUCUGCGCCCUUUGUCGGCGUAAAUACAGAGCUCGUCUUCGCCAACGAUCUCGCUUCGGUUUCUGUUCGCCGACACUUCCAUUCCAAUCAUCUUCCGAGGACCAUUGUAAAUAUGGCAAAUGAACCAGAGAAGAGACCCAGAAUCUUGUGCCUCCACGGAUUCAGGACAAGCGCCAAGAUUCUCCAGAAUCUGAUCGGAAGAUGGCCGGAAACCCUGCUCGGAAAGCUCGACUUGGUCUUCCUCGACGCUCCUUUUCCUGCUCGAGGAAAAUCUGACGUCGAGGGCAUCUUCGAUCCUCCCUACUAUGAAUGGUUCCAGUCCAACCAGGAUUUUACAGAGUACAUUAACUUUGAAGAAUGCGUUGAGUAUGUUGAGGAUUACAUGAUGAGGCAUGGACCUUUUGAUGGUCUACUGGGUUUUUCACAGGGGGCGAUUCUGUCAGCUGCCUUACCUGGGAUGCAAAUGCAGGGCGUGGGUCUGACCAAGGUUCCAAAUAUAAAGUUCUUGGUAAUAAUAUCAGGGGCCAAGUUUGGAGGAUCCAAGUUUGGGCUGCCCAAGCUUGCUGCCAAUGCCUUCUCGUCUCCUGUUCAGUGCCCUUCUAUCCACUUUAUAGGUCAGGCUGACUUCUUGAAGCAAGAAGGAACUGCUCUAUUGGAAUCAUUUGUGGAUCCUGUUGUUAUUCAUCAUCCAAAGGGGCACACAGUGCCAAGACUUGGACUAGCGUCGUUAUGCCAUCACAUACACGUGCGACAUGCUUCCCCUCAUGACGAGUUGUGCGGCCCGAAAGCUGGACCUAGCAAAUAGCCGACCGAUUAAUGCUAAGUCAAACAUAAAGUAGUACGAUGGUGCCUACUCUCUCUUUGUGCCCGAAGGCCGCCCGAAGGCUGAGUCAUCCAAAAUACUCCGUCAGAUGGGGCCUCAAAAUUACUCCUUCGGAGAGUACUUUACCCUGGCCACUAGUUGGCGUUCCCAUCCACACUCUAUCUGAGCAGUGUGGUUGCACCCCUAUAUACAUAUAGCUACGGUACUGUGUUUAACCAUGAGAACAUCAUAACAGGGUUUUACUAUCAUAUAUGGCAAUUUACGUCAUAUAAAACUGUAAUCAUCAUUCAUUUCAUAAAAAUGUAUUAUAACAUACUCUGUACAUAUCUUUGUAAAAUAUAUCUAUCAGAUACUAACUCGGUAAAAA